CGAUGGCAAAUCGCUGAAGAUGGCGGCGUUGACCGAGGAAAGGGUCCAUUCCUAAUCGGGGCAAGACGAAGGCAAAAAGAAGUCAAGUGAAUGGGGGAACGGGGAAGGAACGAAGACUCACUGACCUACUCACUUCACUGCACUCUCGCUCCAUUCCCUCACGGUCCCGACGGUUGGGGAAAUCCCCGUGGGCAACUUCCAUCCACUUUCUUCCCCGGGUCCGGGUCUGGCCCGAAUGCAAACUUCUUCCCCUCUCCCUCUUCCUUCCCCUUCCUCAUCGGGGUUCCAGAUUAUAAAAACGCCUGCAGCUCCCCCCCGGCCGGUUUGUUUGUGCAUCUUCUCACCGCAACUCUCUUCCUUCUCUUCCUUCUCUUCCUUCGACCUUCACACUUCUCAUCUCUUGGUGUGUCUUGGUUCGACACCUGUGUCAUACUUCUUCCCGUGCUGUGACUAUCUCGCUGUCUAUACCUCCUUGGUUUACAUAGACGGGUCGAGGCCCCCGUCACAGUCAAGGCCUACUUGAUGUGUGCCUUUGCUGCCUUUGGUGGUAUCUUCUUCGGUUAUGACUCCGGUUAUAUCAGUGGUGUCAUGGGCAUGCG